ACAACAGGCCAGCUGAGUGACAACAAACGACACUUCCUCCUCCUGCAACGCAGCAAUGGCACAAGAGGGACAGCCUCCUCAGCAGCCGGGCCCUGCUGCCACCAUGGCCGGCGAAGAGCAGCUGGAUCUCCUAAUGCAGGAGCUGAGAUCCAAAGCCACUGAGCUCUUCCUCAGGGAACAGUGGGCUCAGUCCUUGCAAGUGUACUCCCAGUUGAUCUCCCUUUGCCAAGAUCGGAUCUCGAGCGGCGCCCUCCUCCGAGCCUCGGACCAGGACUGGCUCUCCAAGCUCCAGAAGUCCCUCUGCCUGGCCCUCUCUAACCGGGCAGUGGCCCGGUACCGAAUGCGGGAUCUUGAUGAGGCGCUGCGAGACUGCGACGAGGCGCUUGGGAUCGAGAAUGCCCACUUCAAGACUCUGCUCUGCAAGGGCAGGAUCCUUCUGGAACUGAGCAGGUAUGCUCCGGCACUUGAGUGCUUCCGACUGGCCUCGCUUGAUCCUCAGGCGAUUGCCAACCUGGAGGCCCUCAGCAGGUUGUUGGAGAGGUGCAGGAAGCUCGACCUCCAGUCAAGGACCGGAAACUUUGAUCUCAGCGACUGGGUGCUCGGAGGGUUCCGUGGCGAGCUGCCAGAACUGGCGGAGUUUGUAGGGGCGGUUGAAAUCAAGAAAUCGGACCUCAGCGGGCGUGGCUUAUUCGCGACGAAGAAUAUCGACACGGGCACUUUGCUGGUGGUGACCAAAGCGAUUGCCAUAGAGAGAGGAAUUCUGCUAGGAGAAGAACUGGGAGAAAGCAAACAACUGGUCAUGUGGAAGAGUUUCGUCAAUCGGGUUGCUGAUUCCUCUUCGAAAUGCAAGAGGAUGAGCCAGCUGAUCGGGAAGCUAUCAUCCGGAGAAGAGGACAUGGGCGAGCUUGAGGUCCCCGAUAUAGCCAUCUUCAGGCCAGAGAAGGAAGGAGAUGUCACAUGCUCGAAUCAUCAAGAGACGAUUGAGAUGGGUCGAAUCCUAACCAUCCUGGAUGUAAAUUCCCUUGUGGAGGACGCGAUCUCCGCGAAAGUACUGGGGAGGAAUCGGGACUACUACGGAGUCGGCAUAUGGCUCCUUCCUUCCUUCAUCAACCACUCCUGCUGCCCCAACGCUAGGAGACUCCACGUUGGGAACCAUCUGAUCGUCCACGCAUCGAGGGACAUAAAGGUGGGGGAGGAGAUAACCUUCCCCUACUUCGAUGUCCUCGCGCCGCUAGAAAUGAGGCGGAAGAUGUCGGGGAACUGGGGGUUCCGGUGCUCUUGCAAGAGGUGCAAAUUCGAGGAGGAGAUAAGCUCAAAGCAAGAGUUAAAAGAUCUAGAGAUAGGCCUCGAGCUCGGGAUGGAUCUGGGAUCUCUUGUUUAUAGGCUAGAGGAAGGCAUGAGGAGGUGGGGGGUGAGGGGGAAGCAGAAGGGAUACUUGAGGGCAUCCCUAUGGGGGGCAUAUUCGGGAACCUAUGGGUCGGAGAAGAUCAUGAGGAGGUGGGGGCGCCGGGUCCCCACACCGGAGGUGGUGGUGGAGAGCGUUGUCGAGGCAGCCGGCGGAGAUGAGAGGGUGGUGAAGGUGGGGGUGGAGCAAGUGAAAAGGAGUGGUGGUGGUGGGGUGGUGGAGAUGGAGAGAGUGUUCAAACUGGGGAGAGGGUUAUAUGGUAAAGUGAUGAAGAAGCAAGCUUUGAGGGCUCUAAUGGAGCUUUAGGAAUUUUUACCAUAUAAGAAAAGCUUUUUCUCUCUGUUUUUUUUUUGGGUAGAAAAUAAGAAAAGCUAUUAGCUCAUAGCAUAUUUGAUUUUCUCUUUUUCUCCCUUCAAUUUCCUAACUGGCUCAAGUUGGGCGCCUUUGUUGGAUUCAUGCGUCAUCGAUGAUGAUGAUGAUUCGUUCUAUUAACAAAAUAAAAAUUCGUCACAAUUCAUAAGAAUUGCUUCAAUGUCUCA